GCGGGCGCCAGGGCGGGGCCCGGGCCCGCGGCGCGGCAGCAGCACUGCACGCAGGUGCGCAGCCGGCGGCUCAUGAAGGAGCUGCAGGACAUCGCGCGCCUGAGCGACCGCUUCAUCUCCGUGGAGCUGGUGGACGAGAGCCUCUUCGACUGGAACGUGAAGCUGCACCAGGUGGACAAGGACUCGGUGCUGUGGCAGGACAUGAAGGAGACCAACACCGAGUUCAUCCUGCUCAACCUCACCUUCCCCGACAACUUCCCCUUCUCGCCGCCCUUCAUGCGGGUGCUCAGCCCGCGCCUGGAGAACGGCUACGUGCUGGACGGCGGCGCCAUCUGCAUGGAGCUGCUCACGCCGCGCGGCUGGUCCAGCGCCUACACUGUGGAGGCCGUCAUGCGCCAGUUCGCCGCCAGCCUGGUCAAGGGCCAGGGGCGGAUCUGCAGAAAAGCUGGCAAAUCAAAAAAGUCCUUCAGUCGCAAGGAAGCGGAAGCUACCUUUAAGAGUCUGGUGAAGACUCACGAAAAAUACGGCUGGGUCACCCCGCCCGUCUCGGAUGGCUGAAGUCGGCCUCGCCUGGUUCUCUACACACUUCCACCCCAACAUCGCCCCACCGCUGCGCAUCCUCCGUCCUUUUCUACUCCAGCCGGAACUGCAUCGUGAACACGAAGGAGACAUUUCAGUUAUUUACGAACAGACCAGUUUACAGAGAGAGGGAGCCGACGCUGCCCGGGACCCCGUUUCCAUGAUCGGUGAAUGAGUGCAUCUCUGAGUCACUUUAGAACAGAUGUGGCCAUGUUGACGUCACCCAGCCCGCCCACCCUGUCACUUUGCCCUUAGCUUCUUUCUGUGCCAGCAGCUCCAUGGAGCCCGAAGGAAGCCCAUUGCCCUUGCUGGCUCUGUUUCCGUGUAAAUGGCUCUGUUUCCGUUCAUUCUCCCCAGGAGCCCCGGGCAGUGCCAGCCCCUGGUUGCUGUGCCCGGCUCAGCAUAGCUUGAAGACACAUCCCCAUUCUGGCCUGAGGUCUGCUGUGACGACAUUUAGACUCAUUCGUGCUAUGGACUUUGGCUCAUGAAAACAACUUCACCUUAGCAGGUCCUAGGGAUGGAAGACUACAGCUGCCCACUGGCUUCCGACACGUCCUCCUUGCUGGCUUCGGUGUGUGCUGUUCACAGGUAAACCAGUGCCAUUCGGUGGGAGAUGGGAGAGGGGGUCCGGGGGCGGAUGCCCAGUGCACCCGGGCUCUCGGACACCAGGCAACGCCCCUCCCACAGCGCAUUUGUCUUCCUGUCUUCUCUCAACCACCAAAAGCUAAAGACAGUCUCGAGUUUGCUUCGGUCGUCUGACUCACUUUCCUCUGUGCUCGUGACGGGGAGCUCAGAACUGCCAAAGGACACCGAGUGAUAUGAUCAUAUGGCGAUGUGCAUGGCCGGGUCUGUUUCUUCACCCAGUAGUCACUUGUGUGCCCCGGGGCUGAGAUGCAAGCACCGGGCUGUGGUGUAAACCUCCUGUUAUUUAAUCUCCCCGCGGUUUCAUUUCUUCUCUUCUGUUAGAUUACUUAGAACUUUCUAAGAAACUCCAUGAAAUGAGGAAGUCCUGUUUAUAAUAAGCGGAAAGAGGUACAGUGUUCAUUCCAAGCAGAAAAACUUCUUGGACACAUUUUAAAUAAAAUCAUGCAUACCUGA